GCCAUAGAGCAGAAUGUUCGUACCAACUGGCCUACGGCAAUUGCACGGCUUCCCGAGAAUAUGCAGAAGAACCGUUACUCAAAUGUUUUCGCCUACCCAGUUUUGCUUCUGGAGUGCAAGGGAAUGGAAGUGGACGUAGGUUUCCACCGACCGAAGGCUUAUAUUGCAGCGCAGGGCCCAAUGUCGUCAACUUUUGAUGACUUCUGGCAGAUGAUUUGGGAUGAGAACUGCUCAAUCAUCGUUAUGAUUUCCAACUUUGUUGAACGGGGAAAACGCAAAUGUGAUCAGUACUGGCCGUCUGAGGGUCAACAGUCCUACGGCACCAUCAGUGUUCGCAUGCUCUCCGAGACCUUCCUGGCUUGCUACGUGAUUCGCGUUUUUGACGUGAAAAACCAAAAGUGCAAAAAGGUUCCCUUAAUUGAACUCCUUUUGAUGCCUCUUCUGAAUACCCCCACUUUGCGCUCGCCGGUCUCCGGUCUCCGUGCGUUCCAACAAAAACUAGAUAUUCGCUGA